CAAAUUAUCUCUUCUCACCUUUUUUUUAAAAACCCAUCUCCCCACUCAUCAAAAAUGUCCAUGCCCGCAGGAGACGCCACCGCCGGAGCCAAGCUCUUCAAGACCCGUUGCGCUCAGUGCCACACCACCGAAGCUGGUGGUGCCAACAAGGUUGGUCCUAACUUGCACGGUGUCUUUGGCCGUAAGUCUGGUCAGGCUGCCGGUUUCUCUUACACUGAGGCCAACAAGAACAAGGGUGUCACCUGGACCGAGGAGACUCUCUUCGAAUACCUCUUGAACCCCAAGAAGUACAUUCCUGGUACCAAGAUGGCUUUCGCUGGUUUGAAGAAGGAGAAGGACAGAGCUGAUUUGAUCGCUCACUUGAAGGAGGCCUGCGCCUAAAUGGUUUCCACCUCUUCCUUUGUCCAUGUACUAUACGUGUGCGUUUCCUUGAGAUGCUCAUCCUAGACUCAUACAGCACUCAUGUCUUCUACCGACUAACGUAGUGAAACCCAACGCCCCCAACCUUAGAAUAAAAACUCUAGUUUUUCCUGAAAAUAAACCCAUCCUCAUAAGAAUAUGUGGUGGUUGUGAUAAUCCUGUGUUCGGAAUGA